AUGGAGAAAAUCCAUAAAAUGCAAAAUGACCACAGAUACCAUACGGAAAAACUGGCGGAUCUGGAGGACUGCUCGCAUCGCAAUAACAUCCGUGUGUGCGGAGUCCCAGAGUCCCACGAAGAACUGCCAGAAUACCUACAACAGCUCUUCCACGCAAUAUGGCUGAAUUUGGAAAAAGCUAACCUGCGUCCCAAUGUUAUGUCCAUCGGGUACCCAAGCCCAAAAUCCUGGCGCAGGAUGUAA